CGCCCCCGCCCCACCCCGGUCCCUAGGCAGCUUUUGUCCCAGCCGCUGCGGCCGGGUUGGCAUCUUAGUGGGUCGCUUCCCAAGAUGGCGCGCGUGCUGAAGGCGGCGGCCGCGAGCGUCCCAGGACUGUUUUCCAGAUUCCAGACUUCAGUUCCAACACUAAGAGCUUUCUUCACGUCACAGCCCAUGCACCAUGUGGCGGAUCCCGUGUGGAGCCUAGGUAGACUCAAUCAUGUAGCCGUAGCAGUGCCAGAUUUGGAGAAGGCUGCAACAUUUUAUAAGAAUGUUCUGGGGGCCCAGGUAAGUGAGGUGGUCCCUCUUCCUGAACACGGAGUAUCUGUUGUUUUUGUCAACCUGGAAAAUACCAAGAUGGAACUGCUUCAUCCACUGGGAAGUAACAGUCCAAUUGCAGGUUUUCUGCAGAAAAACAAGACUGGAGGAAUGCAUCACGUCUGCAUUGAGGUGGAUAAUAUAAAUGCAGCUGUGAUGGAUUUAAAGAAAAAGAACAUCCGGAGCCUAAGUGAAGAGGCCAAAAUAGGAGCACAUGGAAAACCAGUGAUUUUUCUCCAUCCCAAAGACUGUGGGGGGGUCCUGGUGGAGCUGGAACAAGCUUGAUCUAUAGUUGCAAGAACCUGAGUUACUGAACCUGAAAAAAGCCUGUCAGACACUGUCCGAAUGGACUGUGGACUUCAGUCCUUCACUGCUGUCAUGACUUAAAAGUUCAAAGUUAAAAUCUAAAUUAUGGGGGGAUUAAAAUACACACACAUA